AUGUCAACAGACACACGGGGCUGUCGACAUGGAAGCUGCAGUGUUUCAUUACAAAACGUUGCUUUCGGGUUUAAACUCGCCGGUUUUAGGAUGAGAGCCUUUAGCCACACAGCUGCGUUGCUGUCCCUCUUGCUGCUGUUCGUAAAUCCGUGCGUACCAGAGCGAGCUGAGAGGGAAAACCCGCUGGACCUGCGCGACAAGGAUGACGGAGGGGACGUGAAUCACAGUGAUAAUACUCCAGUUGAAAACCAGCAGACACUAAUAAAACAUGAAAAUGAAGAUGGAGUGGAAACGAAACAGAAGGACGGACAGUCUGUCAGUAAGUCCAAUGACACUGAAAACAACAGCAAUGAGACAAUCCACUCCACCAAACCUGCUGUCAAGCCGACGACCCCGGCACCCCCAACCGCCAAGCCCAUUUUGCCCAUGCAGACAGGGGUCGAGGCCCAAGAAGAAGAGCAGUCCAGCGGGUUGACUAUAUUCUUCAGUCUGCUGGUUAUUGGUAUCUGCAUCAUAUUGGUGCACCUGCUUAUCAAGUUCAAGCUGCAUUUUCUUCCAGAGAGUGUGGCUGUCGUGUCCCUUGGGAUUCUAAUGGGAGGCUUCAUUAAGAUCAUUGAGUUCCAAGAACUGGCCAACUGGAAGGAGGAGGAAAUGUUCCGACCCAACAUGUUCUUCCUUUUGCUCCUGCCGCCCAUCAUCUUUGAAUCUGGAUACUCUUUACAUAAGGGCAACUUCUUCCAGAACAUUGGCUCCAUUACGCUCUUUGCUGUGAUCGGCACAGCUAUCUCUGCCUUCAUAGUCGGAGGGGGUAUCUAUUUCCUUGGGCAGGCCGAUGUGAUCUAUAAGAUGUCCAUGACUGAUAGUUUUGCCUUUGGCUCACUGAUCUCAGCUGUGGACCCUGUAGCUACCAUUGCCAUCUUUAACGCUCUCAACGUGGACCCGGUCCUCAACAUGCUGGUGUUUGGUGAGAGCAUCCUCAACGACGCUGUCUCUAUUGUCCUCACAAACACAGCGGAGGGGUGCUUUUCGCGCUCAGACAACUCCAUGGUAACUGGCUGGGAGACUUUUUUGCAAGCGCUGGGAUAUUUCCUUAAAAUGUUUUUUGGUUCUGCUGCCCUGGGAACCCUCACUGGACUCAUCUCAGCUCUUUUUCUAAAACACUUCGAUCUGAGGAAGACUCCUUCACUGGAGUUUGGCAUGAUGAUAAUCUUUGCGUACCUUCCCUAUGGUCUGGCCGAAGGCAUCAAACUGUCAGGAAUAAUGUCCAUCCUGUUUGCGGGAAUUGUGAUGUCUCACUACACCCAUCACAACUUGUCUCCUGUCACCCAGAUCCUCAUGCAGCAGACCCUGCGCACAAUGGCCUUCAUGUGUGAGACAUGUGUGUUUGCCUUCCUCGGUCUCUCCAUCUUCAGCUUCCCUCAUAACUUUGAAAUAUCCUUCGUCAUCUGGUGCAUUGUCCUGGUUCUUCUUGGCCGAGCAGUGAACAUCUUCCCUCUUUCCUUCCUGCUGAACUUCUUCAGAGACCACAAGAUUACACCCAAAAUGAUGUUCAUCAUGUGGUUUAGUGGUUUGCGAGGGGCGAUUCCCUAUGCGUUGAGCCUUCAUCUGGGCCUGGAGCCCAUUGAGAAACGGCAGCUAAUUGGCACCACCACCAUCAUCAUCGUACUCUUCACCAUCCUCCUCAUGGGGGGUGGGACCAUGCCGCUCAUUCGCCUCAUGGACAUUGAGGAAAACAAGUCGCGGCGUAAGAACAAGAAAGACAUCAAUCUCAGCAAGACAGAGAAAAUGGGUAAUACCAUUGAGUCAGAGCACCUAUCAGAACUGACAGAGGAGGAGUACGAGGCUCAGAUCUACCAUAGACAAGAUCUGAAGGGUUUUAUGUGGCUUGAUGCUAAAUACCUUAACCCCUUCUUCACUCGCAGGCUCACCCAAGAGGACCUGUUACAUGGCCGGAUCCAGAUGAAGACCCUGACCAACAAGUGGUACGAAGAAGUCCGGCAGGGGCCCUCGGGCUCUGAAGAUGAUGAAGAUGAAGCAGAACUUCUGUGAACUGAACACACAGUUUAUAUGAAAACAAUGAAUGGACAUUGUGUGUCCUGGGCUGAGGGUGUGUGUGUGUGUGUGUGUGUGUGUAAGAGAAGACAAGAACUCUUUUCAGUGUCAGUCACAUGCACUUCUCGUUUGUUCACCUGCCUCCAAAUUUAUGUGACAGAAGAGUCUCAGUCGGUGCCCACAGUGCAUUUUUAGAAUACAAGGUGGGUGUGAAAAGUGCCAGUAAAACUGGACUUGAAAAUGAUGUCCCUUAUAUGAAUGCCAUAUUGUUACUUGCUAAAGAAAUCUUUUCCCAGGCAUUUCUUUUGUAACAGUUUUGAAGGGAAGACUGCAAGGAAGCUGAGAGGGAAGUUUUCUAUGUAAAGCAAUACUACACAUACUGCACAUUUUCACUUUUUCUCUUUACUUUUGUAUCCGUUCACUGCUACUGUACGUGACGCUAGCUUCUUUAAGCUCUGCUGGCAACUUUACUUUGUGUCAAGGGAAGGAAACAACAUAAUGUUAAUAAAGGCUCAAUUUUUAAAGUGGAUUUUGUAAGCCAUAGGUGGUUUGCUUCGAAUAACUUCCUGUUUAACUCGAUUUAAUUUUCUAAUUCUUCACAUUUGUAUGCAUUAAUGAUUCUGAGUUAACACAUAUAUUCAUACAUAUGUAAUGAAUAAUAAAUGCUAGAAGUGAUGCAUUAUCUACCACUACACCCUCCAGCAACAACGCAACAAAGAGAAAUGCAGGAGAGUUAAAAGUGGCACGUGUAACCUUAAAGCUUAGCUUAAAGGAGAAUGCUCCAGAAAAUUGGAAAUUGCUUUUCUUUCCAAGUAUGGUUCCAGUUUGGUUUCCCUACAUGAACGUUUCUGGUCUAUAUUCAUUCUCAUGCUUCUAUAUUGUGUAUGAAGUAGAACUUGAAAUAUUGCUGUUGUGAUUUUCACUGUGGAUUUCUAAUGAAGAUGGGCACCAAUGAAUGUGUGGGUAACUGGAAAUAAUGUCUUGUGAAUGUUUAUGUUUUUGUUUUUUAUUUAUUUAUCAAAUGUUUAUGUGAUGUUUGUGGGAUAAAGGCUUUUAUACUAGCUCUAUGAGCACUGCAGAAUUAGAGAAAAAAAAUCUAUAAUAAAACAUUGACAUCCUAUA